AGAGUGCUGAGUCACACAGCUGAAUCUUGGAACUGGAAAGCAAGCAGUUGUCCUAACUUUGGUGGCUUCAGUCAGCAGCAUGGAGUGUGGACUGGUUGCUACUCACUUGAAUAUCCAGGCUGGAGAGUGCAUCAAAGUGAAGGGGAAGAUCUUGCCGGAAGCCAAGGGGUUUGCUGUGAACGUGGGGAAGGACCGCAGCAACCUGGUGCUGCACUUCAACCCACGCUUCGACAGCCACGGGGAUGUGAACGUCAUUGUGUGCAACUCCAUGGAGGAUGGGAUGUGGGGGACAGAGGAGAGGGAGACGGACUUCCCCUUCCAGCAGGGUGACAAGACUGAGAUCUGCAUCUCCUUUGACACAGCAGAGCUGACCGUGAAACUGGCUGGUGACAAGGAGAUCGUGUUCCCCAAUCGGCUGGGCCUGGAGAACAUUGAGUACCUGGCUGUGGAAGGUGACUUUGCCAUCAAAGCCAUUAAGUUUAGCUAACUGGUUAGUCCUAUUCCUUCCACCUCCCUGCUCAGUGAAAUAAAUCUAA